AUGACCGCUACUCGCGGAGAUGUUGCUACCUGGAAAUGGGCUUUGAUGUGGCGCUCCAUUGUGUUGUCGACCUUGAACCAGACAUACCUACCCUAUUACACGUACAUUCGCUAUCUGGAUUACGAUGACUUGAUUGGCCUUCUGGAUGCCCCGGGGUUCACCGGGAAGAUCAUAGAGGAUUUCUUCACGCCAGAGCUCGUUGAGUUCCUGGGGCCGCAGUAUGAGACCAAAGGGAGCAAGCGACUUCGGUCAUCGAAGAUGUUGAAAGGAAAUAGCCAGAUACCGAUCAAGUUAUGCUCGGUUCAACCCUCUGUGUUAUCAGAAUGGCUUGAACAUCUGCCAUUGUUGCAAACCAUGACCAUCUGGUCAGGUUAUGCUUUGACACAUCAGGCUGGCCAAAGAAUCCACGACCACUGCCCGGAGUUCAAACAACUUACGAUAUACGGAUGGAACAACGGACAAUCCAGAAGCGCUGAAGACGAUUCUGAGACAUUUUUGAGAGCAUUACGGCCGAACUCUCUGGAAUAUUUCGAGAUACUCAGCUUCUCUCAAUUGGGACCCCGCUCCAUUAGAGCUUUAGAGACUCAAUCAGCGUCAUUAUCCGAGUUAAAACUGACAAGCCUUACAAUUGAGACCAUCGCAGAAUUAGGGUCAUUGCCUGAACUGCCGAAACUGAAAGUGCUUGUACUUACCGAUUCUUCUCCAGCGGCCCGAACCGAAGAGUUUUAUUCGGUUGUCACCAAAGUCGCAGAUUGGAUACGGAGUUGCAGAGCAUUGACCCGUCUUGAACUUCGGAGAUUCGUGGAUGAUCCUGCCCUGCUAGCACAGGUUCUGACCGAUGAUAAAGUCCGCUUGUCCAUCCUUUAUCUCGAAGGAUAUACUAUGGCUGGAAGCCACGCCUUUCAUGAGGCUCUUGCUUGUCAAGACACCUUGGAAACUCUUUAUCUUCGUGGUGAACCAAGCGACUCCCCAACAGAUAAUGAAUUGCUUGUGCAAGCGAUACAACAGUUGAACAAGUUGCGCCAACUGGAACUUAAAGACAUAUCAGACUGGUUUACAACUGACUAUGUUAUCACGUUGACGCCCUAUCUUCCUCAUCUAGAGCGCCUCUGGAUUAGUGGAGACCAUUUUAGCGACGAUGUAUGGGAUGCUUUCUUGUGCCUACCCAAACUGCAGAGCCUGUCCAUUCAGGCGUUCAGUGACUUUAGUGCGCAAGGCAUACUUGACUUCAUCUCGCAACUGGGACCGGGAAAUAAAGGCUUCAGUCUUUCGAUCUUGAACGCAUUGUCCGACAAGAAUCUUGCAGAAGAAGCCCAAACUGUGAUCCGCGAGACGCUGAAGGUGUCAUUGGAUGGGUCGUUCGACUUUGGUUUACGGCGUGAGGAGGAUUCCAGUGAAAACAGUUUUGACCGUGACCAGGAUGACUAG